AUGCUUUGGAAGCAUCGGAGUUUGUGUCUGAAAGCCUUCCUUUUAACUGUUUACUACUCAGACUUACAUGGCUCUGUAUCGACCCACACUGCAAAUUGUGCAGGGAGAGUGAACAGCAAACUGCCCCACUGUGCUUCCGUAAGGCACCUUUUUACUCAUUUUGACAUCUGUCAAAAUCAACAGUGUCCAGCUUGUGAACUCAUAAAGUAUGCGCUGGAGAGGCUAUUUUAUCCGAUGGAGAGGGAAGAUGACCAGGCAAACUGUGAAUUCGCAUUAGCAAGGGAGCAAAUGAGUGAAAUCAUCUGUGGAAUGCAAAUCUUUGUUUGCAUGAACUACGAAUCGAAAGCCACCAUCUUUCAGAUGGGUGAGAACUCCCUCAAUGUUAAUAUUUAUGUCAUCGGUUGGUUCUGCAGCAGCCUAGUCAGAAGGGAUUGGGUGCUGUCGAAACCACCUUCUGUGCCAACACGACCAUUGGAAGAGACUGCUGCUCGAGUAUUAGUUCUGGCUCUUAUAAAUAGGGCAAGUUAUCACCUACAUCGUCAAAAUUUACGUGAAAAUGAGGAGGCUGGACUAAUUGCAUCUAGGGAACUCAUGAUCCUGAGUUCUCUCAAAGAUUCAAUGGCAAAUCUCGAGGUUAUUCCAGAAGUGUUCGACACCACCGAGAAUUCUGACGGCGUUGAGCAAACACGAAUGCUUCAAGAACAGCUUCGACUCCUGUUACACGCCGAAUUGUGUCUCACAGUGCGGAAGUCUCCCAUAACCUGCACUGAUCCACAGUGCCCCAAGAUUUGCAAUGUGUAUCGACACAUUGAGAACUGUACUGCAGAGGUAAACUGUAAACUACCUCAGUGUGCUCCCGCCCUACAGCUUACUUCCCAUUUUUGCAGUUGUGAGGAUCAACAAUGUCCCGUGUGUGAACCCAUGAAGUAUGCAUUGGAGAAGCGUUUCUACCCAAUUGAGAGGGAAGGUGGGCAGUUGGACCGUGAAUUCACAUUGACAAGAGAGCAAAGGAGUGAAGUCAUUCGUGGAAUUACUGUCAGGAUCCUGCGGACUGCUGGAGCUCCCGACUUAUCGGACAUUCAUUUCCCGGGAAUGGAUCAUGCCAUUCAGUGUGUCAAAUAUUUCGAAGACGAAAUCUAUACUAAAGCUACUGCCAUGGAUCAGUACGACUCCCCCAUCGCACACUAUGUUAUUUCGCGUGGCAGACUAUUAGGGAAAUACUAA